AGUUCUUAGUUAUCCGAGUGUCACGAUGAGUGUCAGUGUGGACGAGAUCGGCGAGAGGAAAUAGUCUUUUAUCAAAAUCCCUUUUGCAGAGGGGAUUGAAAAAAAAAGAUGGAAGGACCACGUCAGCGUUCAGCGGGUGCUUCAUAUCGUCGCCUGCUACGCAGAAUUGGGAGAAGAAAAAGGCGCAUGAGGGCUGCUUGCCCAACAGGCGUCAGAGUAUCAGAUGACUGGUUGACGUUUUUCCGGAGACGACUACUUGAUAUAUUAAAGGGUUACCGGUUUUGCACGUCAAUGUGUGCCUCGUCAAACCGGCAAGGUACAACACAUCAUCUGGAUAAAAAAAAAAUGUUUCUAGGAUGGUCAAUAGCUGCGGCUGUGCUGCUACUUUUCAACGACUAUAGAUCAAAAUUUCUAGAUGUUAACACCUUCCGUACUAGCGACGACGACGAAGUAGAACAAGCUGAUCUCUCAUCUGCCGUCAGGGUUGCAGGGAUACAAAAAUUUACAAGGAUAGCAUCAAACACUAGUACAAAUAGUUCCAUUAAGAGUGGACAUACUAGGGAGAAAGUACUUGUCUCCGAGCCGGACCCUCUCGCACCACCAUCGACACCGAGAAAGACCCCUUCAAGAAAUAGCGUCUUGACAAAGUCUCCUUCAUCUAGCUCGAUUAUGACAGGAAGCUUAUUCGACACCCACAUCUUCGUGAAAGCGCAGGAGACUGCAUCUGAUGACCAUGUGACGAGGUGUCACGCGAACCACCCGGAGCAUUUCAGAGACCCAACAUGUUAUGGGUUGAAACAUUUAAUUUCUACAAGCCUUUUUCACUUAAUCAUUAAGUGUUAAUGUUAACACUGAAAAACGAAAUGUUUCAACCUUUAAAAAUGGCUCGAGGUUCAGGGUUUAAAUCAGGACUGGGAACGGGUGCGAGUACCGCUGGCAGAUUUCGGCUCCCAGGUUCUCCAACAAGGUGGUCGCCACAACAUGGAUGGACCUUCCACGAAGCAACUCGUCAAUACCUACCUGUGGCCUACAUUAUGGGAGUCGGACGAACAUAAUAUUACUCUUAAUUUCUAUUUCUUGUUGGUAAUCAACAGUUGACUGGAAGUCCUCACGGAGUCUCGUGGGAUCCUAGCUGCAACGAGCUAACAUGAUGGUCAUUCCUUCGGGACUUACAUCCGCUGAAUGAAUGUCGCACUCAAAAUAAGGUGACCCUUGGAUCUGUUUGCCCUACUUCAUAAAGAAUCCUCGAGUACAAGUGUUUUUUAGACAUGCAGUUGGAUGAAUGGACUGUGCGCCAUUUGAGUACCGAAGAACUACUAGGAGUUAUCUCGGUCCGCUUCGCUUGGCUAGCAACGAACACGGAAGAAGGGAUAGAGCACGAGCUGGGCUCAACGAAUUGGGUCGUCGAGUGGAGCCUACUUUUGUUAGGAAUGAAGGAAUAGGGAACUCCAACUCGCUUCCGUUUGUUCCAGCGGAGGUUUUUCUGGAUAUCAGUCAAGUAUUCUGGAUUAAUUUGGUUUAAGCGUUGUAAUCAGACAAGCACACGCAAGAAACAGGACACGGACCUCGGUUGAAAGGGUUUCUAUGUUGUGUUUCCGCCUUCUACGUCUAAUCUGAGAGUUGCUGAAUUGGAAGUUGCUUUUUCUUCACGAUUUUUCCCGGAUCAUCUUUCCGCUGUUGUACUUCAUCAGCGAUUCCUUGCCGAAGUUCCAGGAGCCCUGUGGCGAUGGCUGGGAGAACGUGUUUGACGUAGCGCUUCCGCAGCAGAUGGACGACCUCGACUUAGAUCUACACGAGUCUUGGUGCCAUUUUUUGACGGAGGGCGUGCUGCAGCGGGAACACCUGGAUAAGUGUCCGAUCGCAAUGGCGUGGCUGGCUUUGAACUUGGCGUUCAUCAAUGUCGCGGCGCAAGACCGGGUGCAGGCCUUCGAGUAUGUCCAUCAAGCGCAAGCGUACUUGUCUCGCGUGCGUUACCUUGAAGCGUAUCGGAAAGACGAGUUCAAGGACAAACCUGUGCCAGAGGAAUCCGAGGAUGGAACUACACAGCAACUCGAAACACAACCACAACAGGGAAUCGCCGCAGUCGACGAAAACAAGAAAGCAUCUUCUUCCAUUUCCGACGAAGAGCGAGAGGCUCGCGAGGCUGCGUUUGUCAAGAGCGCUACAUCAGAUGAACAGAAGCUUCUCUACGUGAAUCCAGAGGCAAAACUGAUGACCGAGGAAGAAAACGCAAACGUGCGGGCAUCAAUCUUCGAGCGACAGAUCACCUUCCCGGUGCACGUAGACCUUCGAAAAUUUUUCGGAAUGCAGUUUCCAAUCUUUAUGGAGCACUUGUUCAUCUAACUCAUCUAGGGAACAACUCAUUUUCACAGAACGCUCGUCUGUCACUGCUGGAAUCUUUCACAGAGGUACUUAGUUUCACAUUCAUGAUGAUGGGAAGAUGGUACAAAUUAUGGUGUACUCUGCUGUGUGCUCGUCUAAUGUUUGGGAAUUGAUGGCAAAGCUCGAUUUUUUUCAGGGAUUAGCCAUUCAGAUCCAGAGCGACGAGGAGCAGGCGAAAAAGCAUUUGGAUGCUGAAAUGCAAAAACUAUCAGGGCUGGUAUACGACGACGGUGCGAGGGAUGGAAGGCACGCGUGGAUGCUUGAUAAAUGUAUGGCGCAUUCAAAUAUCUUACAUCAUAUCCAUCCACCUCUAUCAGGGUCCUCAAUCUCUCACGUUCAAGAUUUCUUCAGAGCGAGAAACUCGAAAGUGAGGGAGGAAUCUCGUAGUUGGAGACGAAUCUCACGUCUUUCAUGUGGUACUCCCAAUUCGACCUGAGGGAGACGCUUGGCUCUGGCCACGUGGAUAACGAACAUCUGCACGUCCUCGAAGGCUCUCAACUUCAGCGGCUGCCACGACAUGAGUCUGUUGCAAGACCGCACCACGACAAGCAAAUCGAGGACAUUUCAUCGAAAGUGCCGGAUCUGAAACUCCUGCUCAAGUUAUGGCGUCUUACAAUUUGCUUAUAACUUAGUAGAAUAGAGUACUUCCUCGAUCUUGAAAAAUGUCGUAACCGUAAUCGAUCAUGCACGUUCAAGUUCAUUCUCCUGCCUGAGUUUCGUUGCCAUUCAUCAACAACGCGUGACAAUUUCAAAUUCUAAGCCUAGCUCACGACUUUCCGAAGAUAAGUGUCGUGGACGUGGGUGCCAUCCAGGUUCGAGGGAAGCCCCAUAUCUACCACAGGUUGCUCAUGCAGGAUAUGUGUACGGUCAUAGGUUUCGAUCCGAAUGAAGCUUACCGAAAAAGUUAUCCAAAUAUGAUCCUCUUUCCGCACUUUGUGGGCGACGGAAAAACUAAAACUUUUCACAUAACGCAGAAUGACCUAUCCUCCAGCCUUCUCGAGCCGAAUGUCGACGUGGUGAGUAGGUAUCGCCCAAUCGCGUUACUUCCAUUUACAACGAUCCUGAUGUACUAGAUCCUGUUGCUUAUUGCUUACGCGGCUACAGAGCUGAUUAUGAUUUUAGAUGAAAGAUUCGCGCGUCAUUUUUUCACACACGACGACCACACUGUCAGAGGUCCACCUUCUUUUUUCCCAUCCGACGACUAGGUACGACCAACUCGAGGAAGCGUACAAGUUAGUGAUGAGGAAGCAAGUGCAAACGGUAAGACUGGACGAUAUUAUGCAACCUGGCGGCUUCGAUGUAGAUUAUCUAAAGGUCGAUGUUCAAGGUGCAGAAAUGAUGGUCCUUCAGGGCUCCGAAAGAUGCUUGGAGAACGUGCUAGUGCUCGAUGUCGAGGUACUAGAGAGCCAGAGCUACUUGUAAUACAAGAACUAGGUGUAAAAGUAUUAAUAAAUUUUGUAUGGGCAUCAUGAUUCAAUCGCAAAAAGUUCACCACAGUUUUGAGACUAUGCACCUAGUCCUAAACAACUUUAGUUUGCCAAAAGUUUUCGUCUCAUGCAGGUCCAUUUUCAGCCGUUGUACAAGAAUAUGCCUCUUUUCGCCGAUAUCGACCUGUUUUUGCGGGAGAGGGGCUUCGUAUUUCACCGAUUGUCAGACCUGACUGGGAGAGGAAUGAGACCGACACGUUUGAGCUCGAGCACAUUGUGGUGCAAUGCGAUCUACAUAAAAGACGUUGAGGCACAGUACAAAAAGAUACUGUCCUCGAAAACUUCUACCUCCACGUCUGAUGUUGAUUCAGCGCCGACUCUGGAAGAAGAACUAAAAAGUCGACAGGAGGAGCGUUUGUCCGAAGACGACGUUUUUUCGAUGGCGUCUGCCUACAAUGAGUGCGUUCGCAGUGCCAGCAAGACGGGGAUGCAAGCGUGCGAGUCUAAUUUACGCAAGGCGUUUCGUGCGGUAGGUCGUUCGACUGCACCACUUGAUUUUGAUGAUAUCAAUCGCAAUAUUUAUCCCCACCGGCAAGAGCAAGAAAGCGUCGCAGCAGAUAAUAACGCUCAACAGAAUUCGACAACAGCUCCACCGACGAGCGCUUUCCUGGGUGACGUUCAGGUUUUGAAAGAGCGAAGGGAGAAACUGAUCAAGCAGGCGAUAAUCCUGCAUGAGGUUUACAGUGCUAUGGAUGUAGCCAUGCACUCGCUCUCAAGAGUGGGAAAAAAUUCGGGACUUGCAACCAGAUACUACUACAAAAUGGUCGACAGCCUGCCUACCGAAAAGUACAUACCGGGAAAAGGGACCUACGAAAUGACGCAAGGCUUUCGACCACCUCUGAAGGCCGUUCGUACACGCUCGGGCGGAACAGCGGCUUUUGCCUAGAAGCCGGAUGAUGAGAAGGAGAGGGUCACUAUUAUUGAUAUUUCUCACUACACUUAAAGAUGAUCAGGAAGAUCAUAGAGGAUUUCAAAAAAAUCCGCUAUGAAUUCAAAUAGCAACUCAAUGAUGAAGGACACUACAAACAUGAUCACUUCAUACCAAAAAUGUAACUCUGCCAGGUCUGCUAGCUCCUCGCCAAUUUACAAAUGAAAUUGAAACUGUCGCACAGGCGUAC